AUGUUUAAAUAGGUAUAUCUUUAAAUAUUAUGUAACAUACGCGAGGACCAAUUUUAUUCAUGCAACGACAUUCAAUAGUUUAAAAGGAAGAAAAAUUAAAACAUGGCAGGAUUUAAACUAGUCAUUUUUGUCAUAUUAAUAUCAAAAAUGCCAUUCUUUGGUGACGCAGUAAAAGAUAAAAGGGUAAAGGCAAUAGUCAAUAGACUCAUUCAGUUCGAUGAUUACUUCAAUGCUGGCAAAUUUGAUGACAUUGUUGAAAUGUGGACGGACGAUGGGAUCUUACUUCCCAAUGAUGGCAACAUUACCAUCGGAAAAGCAGCAAUCACAAAAUACUACGAUGGUUUUUCUGGGAAGGGUCUCCGGAUAGUCUCAGUCACCCACACAGUGUUCGGCAGAGGCUCUUUCCUAUCUGCGUUUGGAGAAUGUGAUAUUUUUAACCCCGAUGGCUCUCUCUAUAUACACAUUAGGGAUUUUGAUGUUGAAGUUUAUGCCCUUAGGUUUAUUAUGAACUUCAUGCGGAUUGGUAAAGAGUGGAUGAUGAGAGGAAAUGUCGACAACACUGGACCAAGGGAAUAAAUAAAAUCCAAAUGAGUUCAAUGUAUGUACAAGUAUGGAAAAUAUAAAUUAAGUUCAUUUAA